CGCUGAAAAGUCCCGAACCUAGUUCAUCCAAGGAAUCGGAGACCCCUGCGAAACCGACUAGUCAUUCUGGGACCGCAUCGGGAACAACAUCACACACAUCCACUUCGUCUGAGAAGCCAAAAGUCACAACUUCCGUAAAGCCCACAGGCAGUGAGUCUGAGUCGGAGCACACGCCUACUACCACCAAGGCCAGUGAAAAGGUAUGCCGAUAAUUUCAUAUUGGAAAAAACUUGAUGUACAAUUAUCCUGAUUUUUUCUAUCUUGAUUUUCAGACUGGAACUCCUACCACGAAUACUGAGUCUACCAUUACCCCCGCUCCCGACUCUGGCUCAAGUACUGAUCCGGAUUCGCUACCUGUUACUACUGAUAAACACCAUCAUGUGUUGACGGCUGUGAAGGAGAUUCUUACUGAGUUUAUCGAUGGCCAGUGGCAGACCAUUGAUACAUAUGCGUACCCGACCGCCACGGAUGGGGCUUCCAACCCGGAGGAGACCGGGUCACCUGACGGAUCCGAAGAGGGGUCUCCAAAUGAGGGAGUUCCUCCGGAUGCUUCGAGUCAAGGGAUGCCUCCAGAUAGUUCGAGCUUAGACAAUCCUAGUGCAGGGGACGGCACUCCAGAUGGCACCUCGGACCAACCCAGUACCAACGACAAUAAUUCAAUCGGAAAUGAGAACAGUUCCAACAGCACCCUAAGUGGUGCAAUCAGCCCGGGAGACAACCUUGACACCGAUGAAUCCAGGGGCCAGUUAGGCGCACGUUCUCUUGCUACGCAGAAAGCAAGCCACCGUAGAGGAAUGCUGCGACGCUCAAGUGCGGCACUGAUGGCUGAAGAGGGAAAUGAAGUUUGAUGAACUGGUACGAUGUAGAAAUUGUGUAGUUGAUAUAGACAGAGGCAGACUCACGUCGUGUGCUAACACUGUUCCUGCCAUUCCACGGUAGCUUGUCUAUGUCCAAGUCAUUUACAAAUCUCUUUGUCAUGUGUGCACAGUUUUCUUCUUCGUAAGGCGUCACCGACAGCCUGCCGACGGUCCACGCUGAAGAGGCUAUGAAGGGCUAAGACUGGCUAAGACCGAGGCUAAGCCUCGCUAAGCCUGGUGUUGAUCAGAAGCAAUAGCCGACA